UUUUGACAAGUCCUUGGAUCUAAAUAAUUACUAUUUAAUCUUUAUGAUAAUCUAAAAAAUAGUUCUAUUCGAGUAGCUUCAUUAUUUUUAAAGACAAUGACUACAGGUGGCUCUGGGGCGGUCUUUUUUCUAGGCACUCGUGCUCAUUACCAGGUCCUCCAGCAGCCGGAGUCCCGUGCGUGCGACGUUGAGAAUGGGAACGCGUCCACGGAAACUAUAUACCAGAACCCGUCAGUGCAGACGUGGUCGGAGCAGACAGAGAGGGAGAACAACGGCUACUCGGCGGACAGGGGCAACUGGAGUUACUGCGAGCAAACUGAUGCGACAGAUGAGAAACUGGACAUUGGCAAUGGAGUGAAGAGACGGACCAGAAGGCGUCCGAGCGAGACGGCACUGUGCGAGAGGGAUGCAGACAUGCGACCUGCGUUGCUCAAUUCGGUUGGAGACAAUGUCACGCCAAAAUCGAAGACCCGCCGGCGGAUUUCGCCACUGUCAUUCCUGGCAUCGCUUGCUCGCCGCAAACGGAGGAUGGACACGGAACAAAUACAAUACCUACAACGUUUGGAGAAUGUACUCGCGAACUGUUCCUACAGGGAGUCCUGCAGGUGUCUCGAAUGUCAGAGCCGUUACUUCGACUGCGACGAGAGCGAAGGGUACACCUCUGACGAAAGCGAUGUCUCACCGCGGUACGUCGCACAGCCGGCGGCACAGCCCGUCGAGCAGUACCACGAGGAAGACGACGAUGACGAGGUAUUCAUAGACACAGUUCCCGGGGACAAUACAUCCACCGAUCUGCUCAUCGAAGGUAAGGAGAAGAUGUCGGUAUCCUCGGAGGAGGCUGAGGAGCCGCUAGACGAGGGCAUGCAGCUGGAAGUGGCCGCCGGGACCCCAGUUCUGCUCAACUAUCUACUCACCCAUCCUAUUACCUGUUCCAUACAAUAAUAGUUUAUUUAGUGAAAUACAAUAACAUGGAAAGAGCUCGAUGCAGCUUGGAAUUCUUCAAAAAACAGAUUUUUAAAGGAAUAGGUACCCCGUCUGCGCUAUCGGUAUACGCUGGCGGGGCACCAGUGAGGGAUGAUAGAUGAGGAUAAAGGUAGGCCAAUUAAUCCAUGGUAACAAAUUCAACAAUAGAUGAGAAUGAAAACAGGCCAGUUGGCCCAUCAUGAUGAAUUCAUCAGGAAUUAACCAUGAUAGUUUCUAGGGGGUACCGCGAGGAGGUCGACCUGGUUGGGUAUAUUGCUAGCAAUGGAAUUCUCAGUCUCCAUUACUAACAAUCCCUUUCCCUCCAAUUUCGCUUUGUUAUAUUCACAUAAGUAGAUAGAUCUCUCAUUUGUAGUUAGGUAAAUUACAGUAUAUAUUAUAUAAUAAAAUUGUGUGUGUGUGUGUGUAGUUUAUUUCAAUAGAACUAAAUGAAAAUGUAAACAAACGAAUAACCGA